AACACAUUAGGUCAGGGCAGGUAAUCACACAAGAGGGAGACACACGAGGGACCUGAAACAAGACGAGAGACAGACGAGUUGGGAGAGGUCCGGCUUAGGUCUAUAAAUACUGACUUCAAGACAGCAAAAGGAACUGCAUCUCUAUGGGACAUCCCUUCAUACCAGAACUAGCUUUCAUAACCACAGACACAAUGGCAGACACAAGCUUUCAGAAGGAGUUCCUGGAAACCCACAACACCUACAGGGCGAAGCAUAAUACGCCACCGUUGAGGUUCAGCAGCGAGCUGAAUUCUUCAGCUCAGAAAUGGGCUGAUCACCUGCUGGCAAUUGGCUCCCUUCAGCACAGUGGCAGUAUGGAGUAUGGAGAGAACAUCUACCUUAAGAGGGGCACAGCAACCAUGACAGUUUUAGGGAGAGAGGCUGUGGAUUCUUGGUACAAUGAGAUCAAGAAUUACAACUGGAGCAGGCCUGGAUACAUGAGCAAUAUUGGUCAUUUUACUCAGGUAGUGUGGAAAGAGAGCACUGAACUGGGCGUUGGUAUGGCCACUGAUGGCAAAACUGUCUUUGUGGUUGGGCAGUACCGGCCAACUGGCAACAUGAUGGGGGCGGAACACUUUGCUGAAAACGUCCUCCCACUAGCAUAAAGGCUGUGCAUUUUACAGCUGGCAGAGGAGGGUGGAGCAGAAAAUACGUCCAGUGAGGGAGAUGAAGUGAGUCUGAGGAAAACUUGCACAUCGUUGUAGAGGACCUUGACCAUCUCUGCAACCCCCAACACACUGUUGUUGAAUUUUCCAUGUUGUCAAUAAGUA